CCGAUACUGCGAGAGUUUUGAUGACACACUGAACUCAGCAACGCCAGAUUCCUCACACCUGGACAGGAGCCAUGGGGAAGACAGGUGGGAGAGCCGACUUUGAGUGGGUCUACACCGACCAGCCGCACACCGCCCGCAGGAAGGAAAUCCUGGCCAAAUAUCCAGAAAUAAAGACCCUGAUGGGUCCGGACCCCCAGCUGAAGUGGGUUGUGUCCGGCUUGGUCCUGACCCAACUCGUCGCCUGCUACCUGGUGCACGACCUCCCCUGGAAGUGGGUCUUCUUCUGGGCCUACGGCUUCGGCGGGUGCAUCAACCACUCGCUGACUCUGGCCAUUCACGACAUUUCUCACAACGUAGCUUUCGGGAACAAGCUUGCGAAGUGGAACCGCUGGUUCGCCAUGUGGGCCAACCUGCCCAUCGGGCUUCCCUACUCUGCCUCCUUCAAGAAGUACCACAUCGACCACCACCGGUACCUGGGCGGCGACCAGCUGGAUGUGGACAUCCCAACCGAGUGGGAGGGAUGGUUCUUCUGCACGCCGGCUAGGAAGGUCCUCUGGCUCUUUCUGCAGCCGUUUUUCUACGCCUUGAGGCCGUUGGUGGUCAACCCCAAACCGGUGGGUCCGAUGGAGAUCCAGAACACAGUGGUUCAGCUCCUAGCAGACGCAGUCAUCUUCUACUUCUGGGGGCUAAAGCCGAUUGUUUACCUCAUUGCUGGAUCCAUUUUGUGCCUGGGGAUCCAUCCGUUCUCUGGACACUUCAUAGCAGAGCAUUACAUGUUUCUGAAGGGACACGAGACGUAUUCAUACUACGGGCCGCUGAACUUGCUCACCUUUAAUGUUGGAUACCACAUGGAGCACCAUGACUUCCCCAGCAUACCUGGCAGUAAACUACCUCAGGUGAAAAAGAUCGCAGCAGAGUAUUACGACUCGCUGCCGCAGCACACUUCCUGGUUCCAGGUGCUGUGGGACUUUGUGUUCGACGAAAACAUCGGCCCUUACGCCAGAGUCAAACGGGAGUACAAGCUAAGCAAGCUGGAAUAGAUUUCUAGUGAUAUUUGUACAGAAAACUUAAAUAAAGCUGGUAUACUUACACUGCAAAAACACAAAAUCUUAUAGAGCAUUUUAGUCUAGUUUUUAGUGCAAAUGUCUCAGUACACUUGAAAUAAGAUAAAACUAACUUACAAGUAACUUUUCUACAAGAUAUAGGAGCUUGUUUUAAGUUAAUUAUUCCUUAAUAUUGAUGAAUAAGUACUACUUCCAUUAGCAGAUUAUUUUACUUAUAAAAUGAGAAAAUGUCUUAUAAGUUAAGGAAUUAUUGACAUCUUGCUAAAAAGCUACUUAUAUGUUUGUUUUGUAUGAUGAUGUAUUAAAGUCGCUGUAGACAGAAAAACAAUUAAAUUUCUGCCAAAAAACUCAGAAGAUUUCUAGAAAAAUCUUGGGAACAUCUGAGUUUGAAAAAUCAAAAAUUUGCAACAAAAAUGUCAGAAAUUUUCUAGAAAAAAAAAACCAUACAAAUUUGUGAGU